UCCAGACUGUCGAGCCUCCCAAGUGCCGCGGUUGUCCGACUGAGCGGGCGGCAGGACACGGAGGUAGGUGGACAGACAGAGACCAGAGACAGACCCGGACCCGCUUCACGUGUGACUUGAAAGCUGUGUGAGACGACGGGAGUGACGCGUUGUCUGUAACAGGGCCGCCGCCUGUCGGGCCGCCGCCGGUCGGGCCGCCGCUGGCUGCUGCGAGUGCGCAGCCGUGUCCUAGCUUGCCUCCACCCGCAGCCGCUCGCGUCCGCAUGUCUCCGCGGCGGACGGCGGGGUCGUCCUCCGCAUGUGGCUGCAGACAGACGCGCCGCCCCGCCGCGUGACGAGUGCUCCGCAUUGUGCUCGUCUCCUCUGAACAAUCGGAUCCGGAUCGCUCGUCGUCCCGUUUCACGGCGUGUCGCCCGGUGGUGCACCGGGGAGACCAUGAGGGAGGAAGGCUGCGUGUCGGGCUGACGGUACGGCGAUGUGAAGCGAGCGGCGCGCGUGUCUCUCUUUUGUUUUGUUUUGGUGGCGGGACGCCGCGCGCAAGGCAUGUAACCCCCCACCCCACCCGCGCGCGCGCGUUCGAGUCUGCAGGGGAUUUUUCUUUUUUUUUUUCCCCCAUUUUUUUCUUUUUGAAAAGCGGAAACGGCUCGGAUGUAAACCCGGAGGACCGGCCGCAGUGAAGGACAGUCCCAAAAUGCCCCCGGGGAGGACCGCAAGCCCGCCAUGUCGUCCUGCCGUCCCCGCGGCCCUGCUCGUCCUGCUCCUGCCGCUGUCCGUCCUGUGCGUCCGCGGCGACAAAAGCGUCGCCAAGGACGACAACGUGGGCGCCACGGUGAACGCCACCGUGCUGGACCCCAAGGGCAACCCCGUCCAGAUGAUGAGCAACGACGACGGCACCUACGGCCAGAACUCGCCCAAAGUGGAGACGAAGGGGGUCGUGAUCGCACCGGCACCUUAUCAUGGAGUGGUGGACCGGCAGGGCUGUGACCCUCACACCCGCUUUGUGGUGCCUCCAAAGACAGCCCACUGGGUGGCGCUACUCCAGCGGGGAAACUGCACUUUCAAGGAGAAAAUCCUGAAGGCAGCAGCCUACAACGCCUCAGCCGUUCUUAUCUACAACAACUCCACUGAAAAAACCGUCAAGAUGGGGCAUGAAGGGACGGGCGAGACAGUGGCGGUGAUGAUAACUGAGGCUUAUGGGAAGGAAAUCCUGGCUCACUUGGAGCGUAACCUGACGGUUCUGGUCAGCAUUGUGGUGGGCCAGCGCGGGCCAGCCAAGAACAUCAACCGAGGCUCACUGGUCUUCGUUUCCAUCUCUUUCAUCGUUCUGAUGAUCAUCUCAUCAGCCUGGCUUAUAUUUUACUUCAUCCAGAAGAUCCGCUACACCAAUGCACGAGACCGCAGCCAGCGCCGUCUUGGUGAUGCAGCUAAAAAGGCCAUCAGUAAGCUGACGACGAGGACGGUGAAGAAAGGAGAUAAGGAAACUGACCCAGACUUCAACCACUGUGCAGUGUGUAUUGAAGGCUACCAGCUUAACGAUGUCGUUCGCAUCCUGCCCUGCAAACAUGUCUUCCAUAAAAUGUGCGUCGACCCCUGGCUGAAUGAGCACUGUACCUGCCCCAUGUGUAAACUCAACAUCCUUAAAGCGCUGGGGAUUAUGCCCAACCUGCCAUGUGUGGACAAUGGGGCCUUUGACAUGGAGAGGAUAGGGCGCAGUCAGACGUCCAGCAGCCAGAGGACGGCGUUGGUGGAUCUGUCCAGCGAAGCCUCCAUCAGUCUGGAGCCUCUGAGGCACUCUGGGUCUCCUCCGGUUCCCUCGGACGGAGAGGUCACGCCCCGCAACGGGGAGAUCAACAUCGCCGUCACCAGUGGUCAUUUCUUCAACAGUAACUCCGGGUCUCCCCGUAGCGUCGUCUGUGAAAUAGAGCUUCCCGAUAUCCAGGCAUCGCUCAAUCUCUACGAUGACAACAAGUCGUGAGGUUGCUGACCCGGCUGAUGGACAGGAUGGGGUUCGAUCCUACGGAUGGAGCGUUUGUGAAGCGCGGGGCUGAAGGGGACGACAAAGCCCAAACAUCCACACUUCUCAUCACAGACUUUAUUCCGCCGACCGAUGAAAGAUCGCCAGUUGGGGAGCCAUGGGGACGUUUUCCUUCGUUUUAUCGCUGUUGGGUCCACGAAAUCCCUCCUCCCAGAUUCGGUUUUUCUGUUUGUUGCAGAUCCAUCUUUCGACAAACUGUGAAGCUGUUAGUGAGGAUUUAAUUCGUCUUUUAGUGUUACUUUGCAUUACCCUGUCGUUCUCCACCGCAGCUAGAAACGUCACAAACAGACAGAACCAGUACAGUCCCUCCGUUCAGCCUCGCUAACCUCCAGUAGUCCACAUCUGUAAAUAGGACGAUCCAAACCGGGAUUUGAUUUAGCUUCCUUCAUUUACCUCCCCGCUGUGCGUUGGCUCUUCAGGCUUCCAGGAAAGCCAACACAGACUGCUGUGGACGCGGUUCCUCUUGAUAGGGUUCUGAUUCUGGGUUCAGAACCGGGCGACCCAUCCGCGGUCCUCGUCCUCUGUUUGAGAAAAGACUGUUGGCUGAGGUUUAUGAAUUGUAAUUUGAGGAACUCAGUUAAAAACACAAAAAGACCCCCCAAACCCCGACUGAUUCUCUGUAUUGCAUAGGGAAAGUUCAACGUGUACUCUGAAAGCUUAUCAAAUACCCUCAGUGUGUACUAAUCAGACCCCAUUAAUGGGGACCUAGUAUAUACAAUAUAAACAGUAUGUACAAUCUAUAUACAUGAUGAUAUAGCUGAAAAGUGGCCUAUUUAAGCACUGUUUUCAGUUUUGUUCCCUCAAAGCAGGCCGAGGAGGCCGUCCUCCUGUUCUCACGUUCUCUUUGUGUUGUAGUGUUUGUAUAUCUGAUAAACUGUAGGAUGCUGGUGGGUCACUGUGUUGCAUACAGUUCUGCCUCCACAUUAAAACUGUCAUUAUUG